GACGCUUCGCCAUCUUGAAUUUAGGGAAAGUUGCAGUUGACUAAAUAAACACAGAACAACCAAGACAUGAGCGACUCAAACUCUCGGAACGAGACGGCAGCCACAGUUAAAGGACCGGACACCGAUAUGGGGCUGGCGGUAAAUUCCAGGGAUCGAAAGUCCGGUGGAGAUGUGAUGAAGAGACUCAAGUCGCAACGAAAUCAAACGGAUAAACAGCGGCCUUUUAUUACAGAGGAUGAGCUCAGGGCGCUAGGAAGAGACAUCACACCAGAUGAAAUCCUUGGUCUUUGUGCUGUUACACGGGAUUAUCUAUGUAAACCUGAGGACAAUGUCUACAAUAUUGACUUCACACGUUUCAAGAUCAGAGAUCUGGAGACUGGGUCAGUGCUCUUCGAGAUUGCUAAACCUCACAGCUGUGACCCUGAAGAUGAGGAGAAUGGAGAUGGAGACGCCAGUGCUGGGCGCUUUGUGCGCUAUCAGUUCACGCCAGCCUUCCUCAGACUGCGGAAUGUUGGUGCAACUGUGGAGUUCACCGUGGGGGACCGGCCUGUUAACAGCUUUCGCAUGAUAGAGAGGCAUUAUUUCCAGAAUAAAGUUCUCAAGAACUUUGACUUUGACUUCGGAUUCUGCAUCCCAAACAGCCGGAACACUUGCGAACACAUCUAUGAGUUUCCCCAGCUCCAUGAGGACCUCAUUGGCCUAAUGGUGGAGCACCCGUAUGAGACCAGGUCCGACAGCUUCUAUUUUGUGGACAACAAACUGAUCAUGCACAAUAAGGCAGACUACGCCUACGAUGGGGGCCAGUAGUGUCUGAAGAUUAGCUUCUUGUGUGCAAUGCAACGCAGGGGUCACAUUGCCCCUGAAUACAACCAUCAUGUAGCUCUUUUGGGAACAGGAGUGUACUUUCUCCACUUCAGACAUUCCAACAAACUUUACCAGCCCCAGGUUUGGGGAAAAAGGACCAUAUCUACCUUCCAAACAGGUUGCUUCAUUUAUUUGAUACCUCGUACGCAUCUGUUGCUUGGACUCAGGAAUCUCUAGUUCAACAUUAUAAAAGAGUGAUUGACAUGUUUUCCUUUGUCUUUUCUAAUGUUUCCACAUUUAAAUGGUUACUGCUUAUUUCAAUCUGCUUUGAGUUCAGUAUUUGCUGUAAUAUCCUUGUUUUUGAGUUGUAUUAUGUUUAGUCAACUGUUACCAGACAGCUCUACAGAGGGAUAAGGGAACAUUACAUGAUCCCAAUCUGAAUGUUAAAUACCGGUCAUUUGCAGCCCGUAAGAUGAACAAUGAUUGAAGUUGACCAGGACUUGUUCUUUUAUACACAAGGGUUGACAGAUGGCACAAUUGGAUUGCAAGCUAAUUACAACUGUGAUACUACCUAAUUUCAUUGAACAAUAGUUUGGUUCUGGUUGUCAAUUUUUAACUACUCAUUCUGCUCAAGUAGCAAUCGUGAUCCUUUGGUAUGUCUUCGUUCCUCAGAUAGUGGGCUAAACUGUAUAUUCAGCUUUGAGACUAACAGAUGCUCCGUUAAUUUGACAUCUUGCCUUGGUGUAGAAGCUGUAUUAUUAGUUUGGUUGUCCCAUGUCACCCCUCUAGCUAUAUACACAGAGCACAAAACAUUAUGAACACCUGGUCUUUCCAUGACUGGCUAACCAGGUAAAAGCUAUGAUCCCUGGGGCGGCAGUGUAGCCUAGUGGUUAGAGCGUUGGACUAGUAACCGGAAGGUUGAGAGUUCAAACCCCCGUUCUGCCCCUGAACAAGCAGUUAACCCACUGUUCCCAGGCCGUCAUUGAAAAUAAGAAUUUGUUCUUAACUGACUUGCCUGGUUAAAUAAAGGUAAAAUAAAAAAAAUCACUUAAAUCCAUUUCAAUCAGUGUAGAUGAUGGUUAAAGAAGGACUUUUAAGUGGACACAACAAAAUAUUUAAGUGCCUUUGAACGGGGUAUGGUAGUAGACGUCAGGUUUGUGUCACGAACACUGCUGGGUUUUUCCACGCUCAACAUUUUCCUGUGUAUAUCAAGAAUGGUCCACCACCUAAAGGACAUCCAGCCAAAUUGACACAAAUGUGGGAAGCAUUGGAGUCAACAUGGGCCAGGAUUCCUGUGGAAUGCUUUAUACACCUUGUAGAGUUCAUGCCCUGACAAAUUUAGGCUGUUCUGAGGGCAAUGGUGGGCAGGGGGGUAGUAAGUGACAGACAACACCCCUGGUCUGUUACGUGUUUAGCAUUUGUAAAUGUGCUUGUCGUAUGUUCGUGUCUGCUGGAGUUACACUGAGUUUUCCAAAACUAAAUAUAACCUACAUGUGCCUUGUAUUCAGACUUCUCAGCUCAAGAGGCUUUGUUGUGUGUGAGAGAAUGUGAAGUCCAGCUCUGCUCUGCUACACAUCUGUCCAACAACAUGUCGAAAACUGUCUGGAAGAGAUUUUUGUGAAUUCAUUCUAAGCAUCCCAGUCAGCUAUAAAAUAAAAUUGGUUAGCCAGAAGAAAAAUUAGCGUGAAAUGUAUUGUUUUACUUCUGGGGGAAUGCCAUUAACAAUUGAUUACCUUGGUGCGAAGUCUCCUCCCUUGGAAACGGAAACGGCCAAAUCUUCUUCCUUCUGCUAAUUUCACCCGUGUUUAUCAUGGUCACAAAGCACAUUUUUUGUUUUCAUUAAUAUUUAUGAUAGACAAUUUUGAGUUUGUAUUGUGGAAUUUAGUGGAAACCGCUUAUCAUCCACACACAGGCUUUAAAAUCGCAGCACCAAUUUAAGAACCACCUAAACCCAAUCCUGCUGCUCGUAAUCACAUAAUUGUACGUGAGUUUCGACAUAUUCUCACCGUUUCCUUUGUCCACGAGAGGUUAGUUAUGAAAUUAUAACUAUACAGUUCAUAAUGACAAGUGAAAGGUAUGUAUCAGUGGAGGCUGCUGAGGGGAGGACGGUUCAAAAUAAUGGCUGGAACAGCACGAAUGGAAACCAUGUGUUUGAUACUGUUCCACUCAUUCUGCUCCAGCCUAUCACGAGCCCGUCCUCCCCCAAUUAAGGUAUCACCAAACUCCUGUGGUAUGUAUGAUGAUGUGGCUGUUAUGUUAACCACUUUAGAGUCUUGUGCUGUCUGUUCUUUACCUUUACUGAUGGAAGGUCUGUGAUAAGCAGCCACCAUUUUUUUUCUAAUAGCACCACCAAAUUAACACCAAUUAUGACUUUUACAACACGGUUGCUACUGAUAUAAUUUUUCACUCUUGAAGUUGGACCCGCAUACUGUGUAAACUGGAACCCCUUUGAAUUUAUUGAGCAUAUUGUACUUUUAUUUAUUGAUGAAUGUGUUUUAGGACAGACAAAUUUCACAGAUUUUUAUUCAACAUUACUACAAAGAGUACUGUCUUUUGAAUGAAACAUUUCAGGGACCAUAGACUUGGUGAAGUAGAACUGGAAGCCCUCCUAACAUUGCCUUUUAUGUUCCGUUAAAUGUUUCUGCAAGAUGAUAUACUGCCAGGAGAGAGAGGAAUAAAAAAUUAAACAGAUGUUC